UAUAUUAGAGGCUGAAAGUGAGAAGAGAGUGGGUAAGAGGCAGAAGUGAUUUGAGAGAAAGCAGCAGAGUGUGGGGAGAGCUGGGGGAAGCAGAGCUAAGGUGGGCUCUACAGGCACAGGGAGCAGCACUGAGGGAGGUGCUGGCGCAGACAGAGGGGGAUAUUUCUAAGGAAAACACACGGACAGAUGCAGACGCUGCCUGAGAAGGAGUAAGACGGGGGCGGAGGAAGAAACUUCACAUGGAAACCCAGCUAGAGACAAGAUCUGAGCAUAAGCCUCUGCGCUGGGGAGAUUAGGCGCAGCUAGAGAGGAGCGGAGAUACCCAGCAGUACCCAGGCACAGCCCAACUACUCACUGCACCUUAUUAACAGCCGCCCCUCUCAGAGGAGCCACACUGUCCGCUCCCACCAUCAGGACUCUGGCCAGCGACUUCCAGGAGCGAUUCCCACGAUCAGCACUUUGGCCAGCGACCUCCAGGCGCGAAUCCCACGAUCAGCACUGUGGCCAGCGACCUGCAGGGCUUCACCUUGUGAUACUGCCGACUCCCAGUGACCUUCAGUCUCUCUAGAGGACAUCUGAUGGUGACGUUCCCCUGCUCUCUCUAUACAGUGUGCUUGCUCUUCUGGGGCUGGGAAUUUUUCACUUGCAUCUGACCCAACUGAUUUGCUGAUGGCCACACUGCUUUGGGCUCUCCUUCUUCUCCCAGUGCUAGAGACUGGAAGCGGUGGCGGUCCUCCACGGCCAGAAAUCCGCGUGGAUGGGGAUUUCGUGAUUGGGGGGCUCUUCCCAGUGCAUGAAAAGGGUGCACCAGGGGCUGAAUGUGGACGGAUGAAUGAGCACCGUGGCCUGCAACGAUUGGAGGCCAUGCUAUUUGCCUUAGAUGCCAUAAACAAUGAUCCACACCUUCUUCCAGGGCUUCAACUUGGGGCCCAUAUUCUGGAUACCUGCUCUAAAGACACAUAUGCACUAGAGCAAGCCCUGGAGCUAGUUCGAGGCUCUCUAACACGUACUGAUGGGCCUCAGCAUCUUUGCCCUGAUGGGUCCUAUGCCAUCCAUGGGGAGUCGCCUACUGCAAUCAGUGGAGUGAUCGGUGGCUCAUACAGUGAUGUAUCAAUCCAGGUUGCCAACCUCUUACGGCUCUUCCAGAUCGCACAGAUUAGUUAUGCCUCCACCAGUGCCAAAUUAAGCGACAAAUCCCGCUAUGAUUUCUUUGCACGCACAGUCCCCCCUGACUUCUACCAGGCAAAAGCCAUGGCAGAGAUCCUUCGCUACUUCAACUGGACCUAUGUCUCCACCGUGGCAUCUGAGGGAGACUAUGGUGAAACGGGCAUAGAGGCAUUUGAGCAGGAAGCCAGAGCCCGUAAUAUCUGCAUUGCCACUUCGGAAAAAGUUGGAAGGUCCAUGAACAAGAAAACCUUUGCUGGCGUGAUUAAGGCACUGCAGCAGAAACCCAGUGCUCGUGUGGUUGUUCUCUUCACAAAGAUCGAGGAUGCACGGGAGUUGUUAGCUGCUGCUCAGGAACUCAAUGUGUCCUUCACGUGGGUGGCCAGUGAUGGUUGGGGGGCACUGGAGAGUGUAGUGCUUGGCAGUGAGCAGGUGGCAGAAGGGGCCAUCACUAUAGAGUUGGCAUCCUACCCUCUGAUGGAGUUCUCUGAGUAUUUCCAGUCGCUGCACCCUGACAAUAACACUCGCAACCCUUGGUUCCGGGAGUUCUGGGAAAAUAAAUUCCAGUGUAGCCUUACAUCUCCCGGGUGUUCUGAACAUUCACUGCGACAGGUUAAGUUUGAACAGGAGUCCAAGAUAAUGUUUGUGGUAAAUGCAGUGUAUGCCAUGGCCCAUGCCUUGCACAACAUGCAGCAUGCCGUUUGCCUGAACUCCACCUAUCUAUGCCCCAACAUGAACCCACCCAACGGGAAACGCUUCUACCGGGACUACAUUCUGAAUGUCAAGUUCAAUGCUCCAUUCCCCCCACCGGACACCAAAAGCACAGUCAGAUUUGACAAAUACGGGGAUGGGAUCGGCCGCUACAACAUCUUUAAUUUCCAGAACACAGGGGGGCGUUACCAUUACCAGAAGGUGGGGUAUUGGGCAGAGGAGCUGACACUCAAUACCAGUCUAAUUCCUUGGGCUAAAAGUGCAGUUCCAGUGUCUCAGUGCAGUGACCCCUGUAAGAAGAAUGAGGUGAAGAGCAUGCAGCCGGGGGACGUGUGCUGCUGGAUCUGCAUUUCUUGCCAGCCGUACGAGUUCCUCGUAGAUGAGUUUACCUGUAAGGACUGCGGCUUGGGAUAUUGGCCCAACCUGGACCUAACUGGCUGCUAUGAGCUUCCCCAGGAAUACAUCCGCUGGGGUGAUGCUUGGGCUGUAGGGCCAGUUUGCCUAUCCUGCCUAGGACUUCUUUCUACCCUCUUUGUAAUUGGGGUGUUUGUGCAAAACAACAACACCCCCAUUGUGAAAGCUUCAGGGCGUGAACUUUGUUAUAUCUUACUCUGUGGGGUCCUUCUUUGCUAUGCCAUGACAUUUAUCUUCAUUUCCAAACCAUCCACCUCAGUCUGCACCCUUCGUCGACUUGGACUGGGCACCUCCUUUGCCAUCUGUUACUCUGCCCUCCUCACCAAGACCAAUCGAAUAGCUCGCAUCUUCAGCGGAGCGCGAGAUGGUGUCCAGCGGCCUCGCUUCAUCAGCCCAGCCUCACAAGUGGGCAUCUGCCUGGUGCUUAUCUCCUGCCAGCUGCUGGUGGUACUCAUCUGGUUGCUCUUUGAGCCUCCUGGAACCCGAAAGGACACCGCUCCAGAUAAACGAUACAUUGUGACGCUGAAAUGCAAUAGUGGUGAUGGAAGCAUGUUGAUAUCCUUGUCUUACAAUGUACUGCUUGUUUUGCUCUGCACCCUCUAUGCAUUUAAGACACGCAAGUGUCCAGAGAACUUUAACGAAGCCAAGUUCAUUGGCUUUACUAUGUAUACCACGUGCAUUAUCUGGCUGGCAUUCCUCCCCAUCUACUAUGUGACCUCCAGUGACUACCGGGUUCAGACCACCACUCUUUGUGUUUCGGUCAGUCUGAGUGGCUCGGUGGUACUCGGCUGUCUCUUCACUCCCAAACUCCACAUUAUUAUAUUCCAGCCGCAGAAAAAUGUCACCAGCCACCGCAUUGCCACCAACCGAUUCAGUGCCACGGGACCAGGAGGAACUCAUGGUUCAGCCGUACAGUAUGUGCCAACUGUCUGUAAUGGGCGUGAAGUGGUGGACUCAACGACUUCCUCCCUGUGAUGCAAUCAGUUCAAAGGGGGUGCCAUGUGAUGCGUACUGAUGCCAUCGGUACAAGGAUGGAGCUCUUCUUUAAGAGUAUAUAACAGCAAGAACAGGGUCAUCUACUGUCACAGUGAGAGUGAGCAUUCUGUCUGUACCACGGUAACCCUGAAAGGACAGCUCAGGUGGGCCUGGAACUCAGCGCUACUGGGUACUUUCCUGUACAAGACUGGAUGUGAUCGCAUAGGUGAGGUGGGUGUUUUCUUCAUGUGGAUUAUGGGAAAUGCCCAAACCAGGACACCCUAUAGACAAUUUAUGGGAAGCCUGUUUUAGCUUCUGCAGAGCAAGCCAAGAACACAAUUGGAUGUAGCUGUACAUUAUGGCCGCUGCCAGCCUUGAAGUUCUGAGCUAGCCUUCCCAUUGGUUGUAUGGUAUUGUAGGAAUCGCAUUCAGUUUGCGUGGUAAAGCUGCUAAAGAUGUUCUGUAAAUAAAAUAUCUGUUUGUAGAUUGA